AUGGCGGGCUACGGGGUGGCGAACGAGCGGCUGCGCGUGCUGGAGGAGCUGGAGCGCGAGAUCGCCGCCUCCCUGCAGAGCGCCGGCACAGUGAUCCUGGAGCUGUCGAAGGAGAAGGCCGGGGAGCGGCUGCUGGAGCGCCAGGCCGCCCAGUUCAGCGCUGCCGUCCAGAAGGUCGAGUCCGAGCUCUCCGCCCAGAUCCGCUACCUCACCCAGGUGGCCACGGGGCAACCGCACGAGGGCUCCAGCUACUCGGCCCGCAAGGCCUGUCAGAUGGCGCUGAACCGGGUCGACUACGCCCGGCUGAAGCUGGGGGAGCUGGCGCGGGCCUGCGAGCAGAUGCUGGAGCCCUGA